AUGGACUUUUUCCAUGACUCACUAGUUCUGCCUGGCUCGGCCGCCGCACCUGGCCCCAAUGCGACAACCACCAAUGCAUCCUCGAGAUCCAAUCCCAGAAGUUCGCGGCUUUCGCCAUCGCUGUUGAGGGCGCUCCGAGACCCUUACCAGUUGAUUGGCGCCAAACCCGUUGAAGCCGGCAGUCAGAGACAAAGAGCCGAAGGGCCACAAUUGGAUGACAGCGAGUGGCGGAGGCAGGUUUUGAAUCUCAAGAUCUCCCAGGUAUGCUGCACAUAUCUGCCGCUACAAAAUGAAGCGACUGACAGACUCUCCUCUAGGNCAAAAUGCUACACGGAUUGGCUCUCGGCGGCUUCGGAACUCGACACACUCGAAGGCAGAGACGCGUGGAAAGAGGACGAGGAAUGCGACGAAUAUGACACGGCCUUGCUUAAGGCUCGACUGCAAGAGUUGGAAGAUGCGCGCAUUAGUUGCGACGCAAGGCGCAUGCUGUUCCUAGCCCGCACAUCGCUGACACGAGACCUGGGAGGCAUGGGCGAUUUACGUCUGUACAAGCAUUGCAGAGUUGGCACCAAGACGCUCAUCGAACGCUACAUAUCCGCUGCUCUGGACAUGCUCGAUACGGUUGUCGAUAUGUGCUCGCCCGUCAAUAAGAAGGACACGGACUUGGACGUCAGAGAGGUCUACGAACAGCUGUUGAGCGCUAGGCAGGCCUUUGGAAGAAGCGCGUUACUACUGUCGGGAGGUGGCACUCUCGGCAUGAACCACAUAGGAGUGCUCAAGACGCUGUUUGAAGCCCGCCUGCUCCCUCGCAUCAUUUCGGGUGCCUCGGCUGGAUCUAUUGUCGCUGCCGUGCUUUGUACCAAGACCGACGACGAGAUACCACAAGUCCUGCGCGAAUUCUGCUAUGGUGAUUUGGACGUCUUCGAGAGGGAAGGAGAGGCCGAAAACGUCUUGAAAAAGGUCUUUCGCUUUUGCACAAAGGGUGCUCUCUUCGACAUCUCCAACCUCAUACGCGUCAUGAAGGACUUGCUGGGAGACAUGACUUUCCAGGAAGCCUACAACAGGACAAGACGUAUUCUCAACAUUGGUGUAUCGACUGCCAGCUUGUACGAGCUCCCUAGACUCCUUAACUAUAUUACUGCUCCGAACGUCAUGAUCUGGUCCGCCGUUGCCACGAGUUGCUCUGUCCCUUUCAUUUUCUCGCCUGCUCAAUUGCUGGCCAAAGACCCACGCACUGGACUGGAAGUACCAUGGGAUCAGUCGCCUCAACGCUGGAUUGAUGGUUCAGUUGACAACGAUCUACCCAUGAGCCGCCUGGCAGAAAUGUUCAAUGUCAACCACUUCAUCGUGUCUCAGGUCAACCCGCAUGUUGUGCCUUUCUUAGAGAGGGACGACGAGAUCGCAUCAUUCGGUGCUCAGACUUCCAAAUUUGCAUUGUCGGCUGGACCUAGCUGGCUCCGCACCGUUGCUAACCUCGCGAAAGGAGAGGCUCUGCAUCGCAUGCAUGUCCUCGCUGAGCUCGGUGUCUUGCCGACCACCAUGUCCAAACUCCGUUCGGUGCUAAGCCAACGCUACUCGGGCGACAUCACAAUCUUGCCCGAAGUAUCAUAUACACAGUUCCCUCGUGUUCUCNAAAAUCCAACGACCGACUUCAUGUCGCGCGCCAUGCUCAGCGGUGAGACGGCUACAUGGCCUAAACUGUCGCAAGUCAGAAACCACUGCGCCAUCGAGCUGGCUCUCGAUGUUGCCGUGCAANAAGUGCGCUAUGGGCUGGUCUUUUCACCCAGCCAGAUCGACCUCAGACUGAACGCGUUUGCUUCCACUGCUGCUUCGAAUGAAGGUCAAAUACGGCACGCACGACGAGCUAGCCACGGCAGUCCUCCCGAAAGCGAACGCCCGCAUCUCCUCACUGUUCCCCCAACAUAUUCGUUACGCAAACCAAGCGUCGCACAAACCAUGCAUGCAUCCCACAUCACCCCGCCUCCANAACACGCAGGCCUCCACGACGAUUUCGCCUCUGGUCAAGAAACAGCAGUCGACUCUGAGGAUGCCGACUGGUCUGACUCUUCGCUCGACAACUCGCCGACACGUCAGACACCCAGACUGUGGCCAGCGCCGACUUUAAUCUCGCGCUCUCAGCCUGUGACUCCCAAUGUACACGCCAAGAUGUACAUGUCGUCCUCGCCUGCUUUGAUACUCACGCGUAUGGACAAGAAAGACGGUGAUACCCCUCAUGGUUUGGUGGCUUCGCCUGAAGAAUACAAGUCUGUGUUUCAGAAUGCGAGGCUGUAUGUAGAGGAAGGGAUUGAUGUUUCUGGGACCAGGGGUAUGGUGAGGAGGAAGAGGAGUUUGACUACUGGAUUCAGGGGUCUAUGGCCGCCUGGCCGUUGA